GAAGCGCAUGGCCACAGUGGGCAAGCAUCCAAAGAUCCAGAUUGGCGAUGCGAGCACGUCCUCAAGGGGCAAGAGAGUGGGGCGCGGUCGCUGGUCGUGACCAAAGAUUGGCUGGUGUCUGGAUCCAAUGACAAAAGAGUUCGUGUGUGGAGAUUGGGGCGUUGGGAGUCCGCCCAGUCGGUGCUCGAGGGGCACACGGAUCGUGUGGUGUCAUUGGCAGCCAAUGGCGAAUAUCUUUUCUCUGGGUCUUAUGAUACGACUGUGAGGGUGUGGAAGCUGGGGACCUGGGAGUGCGUGCGCGUUCUAGAAGGGCACACCGAUUGGGUGCGGACACUGGCAGUGGCAAGAGACCAUUUGUUUUCUGGUUCUCAUGACAAGAGCAUCUGCAUGUGGAGUGUCGGCAUGUGGGGGUGCGAGCGCGUGCUCCAAGGGCACGCCGAUUACGUGCGCUCAUUGGCCGUCAACGACCGCUUCUUGUUCUCUGGCUCUUGUGAUCUGACCAUCAGAAUAUGGGGACGGGGGGAUGGGGAGUGCCAGCGAGUGCUUCGAGGGCACUCUAAUUGGGUAUUGUCUUUGGCAGUCAAUGGCGAUUUUUUGAUUUCGGGGGAUGCCAUUGGAGUCAUUUGCGUUUGGAGCCUUGCCGCGUGGGAUUGCAUCAGAGAGCUGAGUGGGCACACUGCGUGGGUGACGUCAUUGGCAGUCGGGGGCGGUUUGUUGUUUUCGGGAUCGUGUGACAAGACCGUUCGGGUGUGGAGGCUUGGCACUUGGGAAUGCAUCCGAGUCCUCAAAGGGCACACCGGUGGCGUCAAUGCGGUGGCGGUCAUCGAUGAACGUCUUUUUUCUGCGUCUGGGGACAAAACCGUUCGAGUGUGGGACAGAGUGAUGUGA